UGAUAUGCGCUCACUUUCCCUUACCCUUCUCUUCCCUGCUCUGUUCACUCCCACUUACUUCUACUCUGGCAUCGACGCCGACGUUUAAGUCUUGGAUUUGCCGAGCAGAUUUAGACGGCAAAGAAUAAUGUGUCCAUAAUCGCUAAGCCAAGGCUGUAGAUAGUGGGCUUUGGUACGAUGACAUCUUUCAGCUCUUUGAUCUCGUCGCUGGGCGACAAGGCUCAAGCACCAGCAACAACAGUUUCAAGCGUAUCGAGACCGAUCGCGAACGGGCAGGCAGACCGGAAGCCAAAUGGUGUACCGGAUCGCUUCAAGCUCACCCCCCACAACGCUGCCGCUGGUGUGAAGAGGCGAUCAGAGGAGCCUGAGCCUACUCCGAGGGCGAAGCUCGUCAAGACCGAACAGGUUGGCGCGCAGAAGCCUCCUACUGCUCCCUCCAACAGAUUCCAGCUGAGCAGUAAACCUGGGCUCAACCGGACGUCAUCGAUGACCGAAAGACCUAGGGGCAAUGGAGUAGCACCAUCGCUUAGCCCGGCCAAGCCUGUUGCAAGGUCACUAAACGCUACAAGUACGCCUACACCGCCAGGCACGGCAGACGGCUCAGUCAAGCCGAAGAAAGGGUUCGCUUCCAUCCUCGAAAAAGCCAAAGCCGCCCAGGCUGCCGCGCAAGUGACGGGUAGUGGAGGAAUUAAGCACAAAGCAGUCGAAAGACUAAGCAGGAAAGAGCGACUUCGGCUGCAUGAAGAGGAGAUGGCGCGGCAGAAAGCGGCGAAGAAGGAUGCAAAACCUGACCGAAGUAGAAGCAACACACCCAACAUCACCGCUAGUCCAGGCGGCGUCGGUCAGAAGAAAGUAGUAGAAACAUCCUACAAAGGCACGAUGAAAAAGCCGCCUGCAGAUACACUGGCCUACAGGGGAACCAUGCGUGCCGGAGGAUCCGGACCGAAACCUGCUCCUAAGAAGGGUCAGCCACAGGACAAGUACGGAGGGUACGCAAGCUGGUCCGAUCUUGACGACGCCGAGGAGGAAGAUGAGGGUCGUAGUGCCUAUGAUGAUUACGACAGUGAUGAUAUGGAGGGUGGUUUUGAUGAUGUGGAAGCUGAGGAGAGAGAGGCGCUGAGAGCGGCGAAGAAAGAGGAUGAGGAGGCGUUGGCAGAGGAGGAGAGGUUGCGGAGAGAAAAGCGGCGGAGGUUGGAGGCUUUGAGUAAGAGUGCGGCGGCGAAGAGAAAGUUCUGACGGAUUGGUUGAUUGUAGCGCACUAGCAAUCUCGGGGUACGGGGCUUGAUGGGGGUGCCAGCGACUUGUAUAACGAUUGACCUGGGAAGUGAAGUCAUGCAUUGCGACGACAAGCCCACUCAUCAAGCAUCAGCCUACACUCGGACCGCCGCUCGAAGCCUAUGUCCUCGUUUACUGCUGGCGCUCCUACAUCCAUUGCCUCGCAACCUGCAUAUCUGCUACCUGCAAGAAUUUGUCUGUACCGAGUGAGGCUUACGCAGCCUGCCGAAUUCGGACACCGCCAUAGAGCCGUUGAUGAAUCUCCUCAACAUCGAGGUUAUGGAAGCAAAGCAUUGCAUAACAUUGACGAACUGUUGGAUGCACAAUGAUACUGUGUCAAAAGUCGUCGUCCUGCUGCAUCUCAGUUGAAGAUCAACAGUCACAGCUCCGAGCAUCCAUCCACGCAGCACUUUCCAACUGUGAUGCUUCUUGGUC